AUGACCCCAGCAGCUGCAGCCCCUGAAACGGCCACCGCAGCAGCAGCAGCUCUAGGAGCCGCCGCCCCAGCAGCAGCCCCUGGGGCCGCCCCAGUAGCAGCAGCCCCGGGAGCAGCCGCCCCAGCAGCUGCUGCCUCUGGAGCGGCCACCCCAGCAGCAGCAGCUUGUGGAGCAGCCGCCCCAACAGCAGCAGCCCCGGGAGCAGCCGCCCUAGCAGCAGCAGCCCCUGGAGCCGCCCCAGCAGCAGCAGCCCCGGGAGCAGCCGCCCCAGCAGCAGCAGCCCCGGGAGCAGCCGCCCCAGCAGCAGCCACUGGAGCAGCCGCCCCAGCAGCAGCUGCCUCUGAAGCGGCCACCCCAACAGCAGCAGCCCCUGGAGCCGCUGCUACUGCAGCAGCCACCCCACCAGCAGCAGCACGUGGAGCAGCAGCAGCAGCAGCCGCCCCAGCAGCAGCCCCAGCAGCGGCAGCCACUGGAGCAGCCGCACCAGCAGCAGCCGCCCCUGGCCCCUGCAGCAGCCGCUCAUGGACCAGGUGCAGCCGUGGGGGGUGA